AUGGCCACGUCUGUAAUCAAGUCAUGGGCGGAUGCCGAGGACGAAAUACCGGCUGCUGAGGUGAUAAACAACCCUGAUGGCACCAAGACAGUGAUCAACUACCGUAUGAAUGCUAACGGUCAAAAAAUAAGACACAUACAAAAAAUCAGAGAGGUGAAAGUGAAAGAAAAAGUGCACCCUCUUAUUGCCAUGCGCAAGAACUGGAGCAAAUAUGGUAAGGAGAAGGACAUGCCUGCUGGACCGGACGCCAGAACCACGCAGCUAGGCGAAGUCGUCGAGUUGAAGCUCGGAACAUCAUGGAAGGAGAUCGAGAAAGAAGAGGAAGAACAAAAGGCCGAACAGACACAACAGAUUGUAUCCAACCAGAGAAUCAAAUGUAGAACUUGUGGAGGCAACCAUUUCACAUCCAAGUGUCCUUUCAAAGACACUCUUAUCAGCGAUUCGGCCAAUACUUCUGCGGCUGCUACUCCAGAGCCCGAUACCGAUGCUUCUGGCAAAUAUGUGCCACCUUCGUUAAGAAAGGGUGCUGGUGCCGUGAGGGACAUGAGUGGAAGAGACAGGGACGAUUCUACCACAUUGAAGAUUUCUCAGUUGAACACAUUUGUGGACGAAGACAUGUUGAGAAACGAGUUGCUCAAGAGAUUCCAUCCAUUGCAAAGAGUCACUAUUGUGCGCAACAGAGAAACCGGCGAGUCGAGAGGAUUUGCGUACGUUUCGUUCGUCACCGAGCGCCAGGCCGAGGAAGCUUUGAACACAUUGAACGGAAAGGGUUACCAUUCAUUGAUCUUGCACUUGGAAUGGCCCAAGAAGAGAAAGGCUAACUAG